AUGACGACCCCUCACGUUAUAGCCUCAUCUUCGGGGCACCACUCUCAAACUGCCACUUCAAAUGGUAUCGUCGGAAAUCACUUUCGUGUCGGCAAGAAGAUAGGCGAAGGUUCAUUCGGUGUUGUAUUUGAAGGCACGAAGCUUCUUACAAGCCAACCUGUCGCUAUCAAAUUUGAACCUCGAAAGUCCGAUGCUCCUCAGUUACGGGAUGAAUUUCGAUCAUACAGAACACUGAAUGGUACAGUGGGCGUUCCCCAAGUACACCACUUUGGGCAGGAGGGACUACACAAUGUCCUAGUAAUUGACCUCCUAGGUCCCAAUUUAGAGGACCUCUUCGACAUGUGUGGUCGCAAGUUUACCAUUAAGACUGUGUGUAUGUCCGCAAAGCAGAUGAUAUCUCGCAUUCAAUCCGUCCACGACAAGUCGCUCAUUUACCGUGAUAUCAAGCCUGACAAUUUUCUCGUCGGAGUCCCUGGAACAAAAACCUCUAACACUAUCCACAUAAUUGAUUUUGGCAUGGCGAAGCACUACCGAGAUCCCAAGACGAAAGUCCACAUUCCUUAUCGUGAGCGCAAGUCCCUUUCAGGCACUGCCCGGUACAUGUCGAUCAACACGCAUCUUGGCCGUGAGCAAUCUCGCCGGGAUGACCUGGAAUCGCUAGGUCAUGUAUUCAUGUACUUCUUGCGUGGCGGGCUUCCCUGGCAAGGUCUUAGGGCCGCAACCAAUAAGCAGAAGUAUGAGAAGAUCGGUGAAAAGAAGCAGACUACACCGAUUGCGGAGUUGUGCGAGGGUUUCCCCGGUAAGUUCUCUUUUAGUUCAUCCAGCGGCGUCUAUUCUCUUCAGGAGUUCGCGAUCUACAUGAACUACGUCCGCAAACUCGGGUUUGAGGAAACUCCCGACUACGAUUUUCUCCGAGAACUCUUUACCAAAGUGUUGAAGAAUAUUGGCGAGCAGGACGAUGGCAUCUUUGACUGGAUGUUGAUCAAUAAUGGCAAAGGUUGGGAGGCCAGCAAUACACCUGCAUCACUACUAGCACAGGCUCAUGCCACUGUUAACACACCUCAUACACCUCGUCAUCGUGAGAACAGCCGUCGCCCGCGGGCACAACUUACAGAUGGUUCAGCGCCUUCUACUCCUCUCGUCCUCGCGCCCACUCCCGCUCACAUCAAGAACAGCACUAGACGUCCAGGCACACGAGAAGGACAUGGUAGUCGAGACCCUGGCGCUCGUGCUGAUGUCAGUGUACAGCCCAUCGCUCCUGUUAGCAGGCGCGCGAGUCAGACACCCCGAGAGAGUUCGGGACUCGCACCUCCUCACCCUUACGCCACAGCACCUACUUCCUCGGGAUACCGGGCAAGUAACGGUUACGGCAGGCAUUCACCAGUUACUCAUGCUGCAAAUGUGACCAAUGGCAAUAAUCUCGUUGGGCGCAACGACGCUUCAGAUUCGUUCCUCUAUGGCGCGCAGGUCCACGCUGCCAAAAACCCGACCAACUCGCGAGAGGACACAACUGCAGGGACUCUAACUCGCGAUGCUGGGCAGAUGCGUGGAAUGACUGCGUUUGAGACUCAAAGGCAUGGUGUUGAUGAUGUGGAUGAUGACAGACAUCCUAAGCGGAAGGGCUUCUUCUCCGGCCUGUUUUGCUGCCGGGCAUAG